AUGUUGAGUCGGGUCGGCAUUUUGAGAUCCGCGGUAGCCCCGCGCUUCAGCGCCCGCAGUCUCAAUUUUGAUUUCACCGAUGACCAAAAAGAAUUGCAAGCUACUGCACGUAAAUUUGCGCAGGAAGAGAUUGUGCCGGUGGCUGCUAAAUAUGACAAGUCAAUGGAAUAUCCCUGGGAUAUUAUCAAGAAAGCGCAUGCUUUGGGAUUUGUGAAUGCCACCGUACCCCAAGAGCUUGGCGGCUUGGGAUUGAGCGCUGUCGCUUCAUCGCUUGUCAUUGAAGCCCUGGCGUAUGGCUGCACCGGAAUAACCACAGCCGUGUUGACCAAUGAACUUGCUGAGACCCCUUUGAUUAUUGCGGCUAAUGAUGACAUCAAGAAACGAUUCCUGGGUCGAAUGCUGGAGGAGCCGCUAGUAGCUUCUUACGCAGUCACCGAGCCAAUUGCUGGGUCCGAUGUGGCUGGAAUCAAGACAAAAUGUGUUAAGAAAGGCGACGAAUAUAUUCUCAACGGAAGCAAGAUGUGGAUUACCAAUUCUGGACAUGCGAACUGGUACUUCGUCUUGGCACGCUCUGACCCUGACCCGAAGACCCCAGCCAGCAGGGCAUUCACAGCUUUUGCUGUAGAGGGAGAUAAAAUUAACAUGGGACAGAGAUGUUCGGAUACUCGCGGUAUCACUUUUGAGGAUGUGCGAGUCCCGGCUGCGAAUGUUGUUGGAGAACCUGGAAAAGGAUUUGUGGUUGCCAUGAAAACUUUCGACAAGACUCGGCCAAUGGUUGCCGCGAUGGCUUGUGGCUUGGCUGCGCGCUGCUUAGAUGAAGCCGCGAAAUACUCACUGGAACGAAAAGCCUUUGGAACUCAGAUUGCAAACUUCCAGGCUGUCAGCUUCAUGCUCGCCGAUAUGGCAAUCCAUUUGGAACUCUCCAAAUUGAUGACCUACCGUAGUGCAUAUGAGGUUGACCAGGAGCGUCCGGGUGCUUACUAUGCCUCAAUUGCCAAGGCUUUUGCCGCUGACACCCUAAAUAAGACAGCUUCCGAUGCUGUCUUCGGCGGAGCCGGUUUCAAUACGGAAUACCCGGUCGAAAAAUUGAUGCGCGAUUCGAAAAUCUUCCAAAUUUACGAGGGAACUUCACAGUUCUCCGCCAGCCUGCCCUCCCGGAAUUUGGCCGCCAGUUCCAGGAAUCUGUCUUUUGAUCUGACCGAUCAACAAAGAGAAAUUCAAGCAGCUGCCUUGAAGUUUUCCAAGGAUAAGCUUGUGCCGGUUGCUAAGAAGUAUGACGAAUCUGGUGAGUUCCCCUGGGAUAUCAUAAAGGAAGCGCAUUCGCUUGGUUUGAUGAACCCCCAGAUUCCGGAGAAAUACGGCGGUCCCGGCUUGACCACCAUGGAAACGGCC